GGUCACACUGAUCGGCGGCAACGUUUUGUUUGCAAAUUUUUUUUGCAAUAAAAAAAAAAUAAAUGCCAGCUGAAUUAAAGCGCGCGCUAUAAUUAUUUCGAUCCAUUUUCGUUCGGUGUGUGGUGCAAGUCUAUACGAAAAUGUGCUGAAAAUCAUUUAAUUACCAUCAGGCGCUGCUAUUAUCAAACCCCACUCCACUCUGCCGCUCCUCUGGGCGUCUUGGCUCGCGUGUUUUCCGCGUAGAUUAAAAUACUUUAGAUUCCCGAUUUGGUAGUACCCUGGCUGCACGUGCGUCACGCCACCCCAAGACCGACAACAUGCACGAAUUAUUCAAGAGAAUUAUGGAUUACAAAUACCUGAGCCGGUCGCAAAUCAAUGGAUUCGACAACUACAAGUACAGCGCCAUAGACACCUCCCCGCUGAGCCAAUAUGUAAUGCAUCCAUUCUGGAAUUGGCUGGUCAAGUUCUUCCCGCGUUGGUUCGCGCCCAAUUUGAUGACGUUCCUGGGCUUCCUGUUCAGUGCGAUGAAUCUGGUGCUGCUCUCCUACUACGAUUGGAAUUUCGAGGCCAGCUCGGGGGAGGAGAACACCAGCCCGAUACCCUCGUGGGUCUGGCUGUGCACGGGAGUGAACAUCUUUCUCGCCUACACGCUGGACGGCAUCGAUGGCAAGCAGGCGCGACGCAUCGGUCUGUCUGGGCCACUGGGCGAACUCUUUGAUCAUGGCCUGGACUCGUACACAGCUAUGCUGAUACCCACAUGCCUCUACAGUAUAUUCGGUCGGAGCAGGGUCUAUUCGGUGCGACCGAUGCGCAUGUACUAUGUCUGCCUGACGGUCUACUUUAACUUCUUUGUGUCCCACUGGGAGAAGUACAAUACGGGCAUAUUGUAUCUGCCCUGGGGCUACGACCUCAGCAUGUGGGGCAGCACUGCCAUGUACUUGGUCACCUGGUGGUUGGGCUUCGAGCGUUGGAAGUUCGAGCUGUCGCUGGGCUCCUACGGCACCCUGCCGUUGGGCAAUGUCAUGGAGGCCGUACUCCAUGUGAGUGCCAUGGCCAAUCUCCCACUCGUCAUCAUCAACGUCUACAACUCCUAUGCCCAACGCACAGGCCGCCUGUUGUCCCCAUGGGAAGCAAUUCGUCCCAUGUGGCCAUUUGUCUCAUACUUCAUUAUCCUGCUGCUCUGGCCCUACAUCUCGCCCAACAACAUCAUGGAGACGGAUCCGCGAGCCGUAUUCAUGCUCAGCGGCACCAUCUUCUCGAAUGUCAGCUGCCGCUUGAUUGUCUCACAAAUGUCGGUGACGCGCUGCGAGGCCUGGCACUGGCAGACACCCAUGUUUGCCUUCUCCCUGCUGCUGAGCAUGUGGAUACCGCUGCUGGAGAGGCCGCUGCUCUACCUGCUGCUGAUCGCCACCACCCUGACCCAUUGGCACUACGGCGCCAGCGUAGUCAACCAAAUGUGCGAUCACUUCAAUCGCGUCUGCUUCACCGUGAACAAACGGCUGCCGCAAGAGGAAUUCCUGAAACGGAAACUGGAAACGGAGCCAAAGCUGCAGCUGACACCUGAAGAGCCACUCAAGAAGGAGGAUUAGUCGUCGGCUUCCUAUGCGCGUGCUUAUGUCAAUAUUGUUUUGCUCAUUUUGUUUUCGGUCAAGAGUUCUUUUGCAUGUUCUUCUGUCAUUCGUCAUGGAGGCUGUUUAGUUAAAUGAUUUUUAUGAGAUUAUUUGUACUUUUUCAUAGUUAGAAUUUAAUUUUAAAAAUGGGCAUAAUGCCAGUGUAUUAUCCUAAUGGUUGGCGCUUGUUUUUGGCUUUUUAUUCAGCAAUUAUUUGUGCUCUCUGCUGUAAUGCUCUCUUCCAAAAAUCCCACAAUUCACGUAGGGCAGACAGUUUUAGCUUUAAUCCACACAUAACUAGACCUUAUUUGGACUAAUCGCUAAUUGCCCGUCAUAGAUUAAUUAUAUCCACUAGUAAUCCAUGACAAGUGGUCUAAUCGGCUGAUAAGAUUUGACCCAAAACAUAUUUGAUAAGCCAUACAAAUUCCAGUGCAUUAAGUCCACUAAUCAAUACCUUAAAGCAACAACGACCGACCACAGACCGACCAGUAUACAACAUCAUCUAGGUUAGAAAUUUAUAAUUAUUUUAUAUUUCACAUUUACCUACUACUUAAGAUCUAAUUUCAAACAUAAACAAAACGAAAACGAAAA